CCGUGAGAGAGCGCGCGGGUGAAAGAAGUGUGCGCGCGCGAGCGACAGAGAGAGAGAGAGAGAGAGAGCGGGCUCAGGAUUCGCCGCCAUUACCGAAGUGGAGCGAGAGGGGAGGGAGCGGAGAGAGAGAGAGAGGGGGUGAGCGAGCGAGCGUGUGAGUGAGUGAGUGUGUGUGUGUGAGUGAGAGAGAGAGAGAGAGUGGCUCGGGUUACGCGUACCGUAAAAAAAGGAAUCACCCGAAAAAACUUAACGGAAUCGUUCAGGGAUUAUCUGUACACCACUCGAGGAUGUUUUGAACGCCGAGGAGAAGAGACUAUACCGGGCUGACUGGGAAAUAGGAAAAGCGCGAGGAAUGCCGCCGCUCGUUCGCGUCGGAGAAGCUGGGAGCGACCAUGUUAGGAUAAUCAUGAAAGUAUGGAAGUAGCUGCGGGAAAGCAGAUCCAUGCCCUUGAAGCAAAAUGAAAGUACGGCAUUGAUAACCCCUUGAAAUGGAAAAAGAAUGAUCGGCAGGCUUGAAUCCGUUGAUGAAUGUAAGACGAUGACAGUGGGACUAUAAUGGCAAAAAACAAGGAGCCGCGCCCCCCAACCUAUGCCAUUAGCGUGGUUGGGCUAUCUGGAACCGAGAAGGAAAAGGGCAACUGUGGAGUCGGGAAGUCCUGCCUUUGCAAUAGAUACAUACGGCCCAAAGCAGACGAUUAUUACCCGGAGCAUACCUCCGUCUUGAGCACAAUUGACUUUGGAGGGCGCGUCGUUAAUAAUGAUCACUUUUUGUAUUGGGGUGAGGUAACGCACAGAGGUGACGAUGGCCUUGAGUGUAAAAUUCAUGUCAUUGAGCAGACUGAGUUCAUUGACGACCAGACUUUUCUUCCUCACCGCAGCACAAAUUUACAACCGUAUACGAAACGGGCGGCCGCCGCCAAACUGCAGUCGGCGGAGAAGUUGAUGUACAUCUGUACAGACCAGCUUGGCUUGGAACAAGACUUUGAGCAGAAGCAAAUGCCGGACGGGAAGCUUAACAUUGACGGCUUUCUGUUGUGUGUAGAUGUUAGUAAAGGGUGCAAUAGGAAAUUUGACGACCAGUUGAAAUUUAUAAAUAAUCUCCACGCACAAUUGGCGAAAUCCAAAAAAUCUAUUGUAAUUGCAGCGACAAAAUGCGACGAAUGUGUAGACCAGUACUUGCGGGAGGUUCAAGCCUUUGCAUCCAACAAGAAGAAUCUCCUUGUGGUGGAGACCUCUUCGCGUGCCAGUGUGAAUGUGGAGUCAUGUUUUCAUGCGUUGAUUCAGCUGAUGGAUAAAACCCGAGGAAAACCUAAAACGGUUCCUUAUCUCGAUGCAUACAAGAUUCAGAGGCAGCUAGUUGCGACCGCGACGGACAAGUUUGAGAAGCUGAUCGUGCAGUCUGCUAAAGAUUACCACACGAGCUGGAAAGCGGUUAGUAACAAGUUAAAAAACCAUCCCGAUUAUGAGGAAUACAUAAACUUGGAAGGCACGAAGAAGGCCCGAAAUACAUUCGCCAAACACAUAGAACAACUCAAACAGGAACACAUCCGAAAGAAAAAGGAGGAAUAUUUGUCAACCCUUCCAAAAAUUCUCAAUAAUCUCCUAAGUGACCUGGAGGAGGUUGAGCCGUUGAGCUGGCCGGAAGCUCAGAACCUUUUGAAGAGUCGGACCGAGUUUCCAUACUGGUUUGUCAUUUUAGAUUACACCCCGUGGAAUGAAACUGACCACAUAGACAAAGUGAAUGACAGGAGGAUUCCCUUUGACCUCCUCGGUACACCCGACGGGGAGAAGAUUUACCAAAAUCACGUGCAGCAUUUAAUUUCAGAGAAAAGAAGGGUGGAGAUGAAGGAGAGGUUCAAGAAAACGUUGGAACGGGUGCAGUUUAUCAGCCCGGGGCAGCCGUGGGAGGAAGUCAUGUGUUUCGUAAUGGAAGAUGAGGCCUACAAGUACAUAAGCGAGGUCGAUCGGAGAGACGUCUACAGUAGGCAUCAACGGGAAAUCGUGGAAAAGGCCAAAGAAGAGUUUCAGGAGAUGCUUUUUGAGCACGCCGAGCUUUUUUAUGACUUGGACCUGAAUGCGACCCCCAGCUGUGAUAAAAUGAGUGAAAUUCAUACCGUUCUGAACGAAGAGCCGAGGUACAGGGCACUGCAGAAGCUGCUGCCGGACAGGGAGUCUUUACUACUAAAGCACAUUGGGUUUGUUUAUCAUCCCACUAAGGAGACUUGCCUCAGUGGCCCAAACUGUAUUGACAUCAAAGUCGAGCACAUCCUCUCCAAUAGUCUUGUUCAGCUAGACCACGGGCGGUCAAACCUUUAUCACGACUGUGCCAACAUCGAUAAGGUUAAUCUUUUCCUUUUGGGUCGGGAGGGCCUUGCACAAGAACUCGCAAAUGAAAUCCGAGCACAGUCGACGGAUGACGAGUACACUCUAGACGGCAAAAUCUACGAGCUAGACCUUCGGCCGAUUGAUGCAAAUUCCGCACUCCUUUUGAGCAAUUUAUGGACCUCUUCCUUUAAACCUCACGGUUGUUUUUGUGUUUUCAGCUCUAUUGAGUCACUUAAUUUUGUGGGUGAUUGCAUCGGAAGAAUUAGAGCAGAGGCUAUGCAAAACCGGAGGGAUCGAAACUCACCUCAUUUACCGUUUAUUUUAAUAUUAGCCAACCAGAGGGACAAUGUGUGUAAAAACCUGCCCAUCUUAAGGCAUCAGGGCCAACAGCUUGCCAACAAGCUACAGUGCACUUUUAUUGACCUGCCUUCUGGAACGUUCCCACGUAAGUUUAGCGAGACCCAAAUCAAACAAGCGUUGCGCGGAGUCCUGGAGGCACUAAAGCACAAUAUUGAUACCAUGAGCCCCUUGCCUUCCAUUAAGGACUUGUCGGAGACGGAUUUGCGGAUCGUCAUGUGUGCCAUGUGUGGAGACCCGUUUAGCGUAGACCUCAUUCUCUCGCCUUUCUUGGAUUCCCAUUCCUGUAGCGCGGCUCAGCCGGGUCAAAACAACACGUUGAUUCUCGAUAAAAUAAUCGGCGAUAGUCGACGGCGUAUCCAGAUCACUAUUCUCUCAUAUCAUUCCUCUAUCGGAAUUAGGAAGGACGAAUUGGUACACGGCUACAUCCUGGUUUAUUCAGCCAAGCGCAAAUCCUCCAUGGCGAUGCUUCGAGCCUUUCUCGCAGAAGUGCAGGAUGUCAUCCCGGUGCAGAUGGUGGCCAUCACGGAUAGUCAGGCUGACUUUUUUCAGAACGAGGCCAUCAAGGAGUUAAUGACAGAGGGCGAGCACAUAGCCACAGAAAUAGCCGCCAAAUUUACCGCGUUGUAUUCUUUGUCACAGUACCAUCGGCAGACGGAAGUCUUUACCCCAUUUUUCAGUGAAGUUCUAGAAAAGAAGGCCAACAUUGAGAGUUCGGUUAUAUUUGACAAAACACGAGAUUCCAUGAACCCAGGGGAAGAUAUGUUCCCUCAGUCACCACAUGGAAAUUCACCGGUCUACAACGACUAUCCCGAUUCAGAUGACGAUACCGAAGCACCUCCUCCGUACAGCCCAAUAGGAGAUGACGUACAGUUGCUUCCAACGCCAAGUGAGAGGGCCAGAUGCCGGAUAGAUAACGAAGGGAAUGAGUAUCCAAUUUACAGCACUCCAGUUAACAUUCACGAGCAUGAACGCAACCACAAAGUGCCUCCCCCUGUCAGGCCUAAGCCAGCGAUGGCCAAGGCCAACGUCAAAAAACUGGAUCCAAACCUCCUAAAGACAAUUGAAGCAGGGAUUGGGAAAAUACCUAGGAAACAGUCACGGGUUCAUUUGAGCCACUCUGAGGAUUUAGAAGCCUCGGAUAACUAUGCCGAGCCCGCCGAUACCUUGCUAAAAUCGAAAGGGUUGAACGACGAUAUUUACACGGUCCCGGAGGAUAGUCAGUACCGUAUGUUUAAAAUCGGAGGCAUGCACAACUCACGGGGUGACGAGGAAAAUGGUUUUGAUCGGAUCGCGAGGUCGCAGGGCGGGAGGAGGCCAUCUAAAUACAAGCAUAGGUCGAAAACUCUCUUUAGUAAGACGAGAGCCUAUCAUCGAAGGACCCAUUCGGACGCCAGCGAUGAAGAGACUGGACUUUCGGUACAAAAGAAGAAGAAGGGCCGGGGUCACCGAGGGAGUGAAGAGGAUCCACUCCUUUCCCCUGUGGAUCCGUGGAAGGGAGGAAUAGAUAAUCCCGCCAUCACAUCUGAUCCCGAACAGGACGACAAGAAACUGAAAAAGAAGAAACAACCAAAGACCAAAGAACCCAAAAAGUCAAAACAAAAGUCCACAAAGCCCUUGUAUCCACCGACUAGACGGAAUUGGGACAGCAAUUACUUUGGAGUACCGCUUCUGGAUUUGGUCACUCAAGAAAAGCCAAUACCACUCUUUAUUGAGAAGUGCGUGGACUUCAUUGAAGCCACCGGGUUGUCUGCUGAAGGUUUAUAUCGCGUUAGCGGAAACAAGACGGAUCAGGACAAUAUUCAGAAGCAGUUUGACCAAGACCACAGUGUUGAUCUUGCGUCUAUGGAUGUCGCAGUAAACGCCGUCGCAGGGGCCCUUAAAGCUUUCUUCGCUGAUCUGCCAGAUCCACUUAUUCCCUACAACCUUCAUCCAGAAUUGGUGGAAGCAGCUAAAAUACCUGAAAAAAUGGAGAGACUGCUGGCACUCAAGGAAAUCGUGAAGAAAUUCCCACCUGUGAAUUACGAAGUUUUUAAAUACGUCAUCACUCACUUGAAUAGGGUGAGCCAGCAGAGUAAAGCCAACUUAAUGACGGCGGAUAACCUCUCCAUUUGCUUUUGGCCCACUCUGAUGAGACCCGACUUUGAAAACCGGGACACGUUGUCUACCACUAAACUCAAUCAGUCUGUCAUCGAGUCCUUCAUUCAGCAGUGCCAGUACUUCUUCUACAACGGCGAAAUCGUCGAAACGUGCAACACUGUGUCCACACCCCCACCCAUGCAAAUGUCCAAUUCAGGACCCUUGGUAGAACCCUUGAUGCCAUUGUUGCCACCUCCUUUACAACCUCAGCUUAUUCAUCCGCUGCCAGCAGACCCUUUGGUAUAAUAAAGUAAGACGCGCCGCCGGGAAUGUUCCAACCUGGACGUGGAUUUUGAAGAAUGGCUGCCCACCAUUUGAAGUCGCACAGAGUUUGGGGUGCGGGGGGGGGGGG